AUGGCGACAGCAGACAAUACUGUCCCCAGGAAGAAGUGGUGGAAGAUCCAGUGGUACUCAGACGAUGACACCCCCGAAGAGCGCAAGUUCAUCAUCAAACUCGAUCUCAUUGUCGUGCCCUACGCAGUUCUAGCGUACUGGGUCAAGUAUAUCGGUAUGGCCAUUUGCUCUCCAUUCAUUGGCUACAAUGCCUACGUCGGAGGAAUGAAAGAGGAGCUUGGCUUCAAAGGCAAUGAGCUCGUCGAACUCCAGACAAUGUAUACAGUCGGCGCAGUUGUUGGCAUGGUGCCCUUCAUGUUCUUGUUCACUUACAUCCCCAUGUACUGGACCAUCCCCGCGAUGGAUAUCCUUUGGGGACUUUUCACCCUGCUGCAAUACCGAGCACACUCAUUCGGGGAGCUGGCGGCGUACCGAUUCAUGGUGGGCUUCUUCGAAGCAGCCUUCUUCCCCGCUAUGCACUACGUAUUCGGCUCUUGGUAUCGCGGGCACGAAAUUGCACGGCGAGGAGGUAUCUUUUACACGGGACUCAAUCUCGGAACCCUGACGGCAGGCCUCAUCGCAGCUGGAGCAUCACACCGUCUUGAAGGUGUCAACGGGAUGGCAGGCUGGCGUUGGAUGUACAUCAUCUGCGCGAUCAUCACUAUCCCUGUCGGCAUUCUCGGAUACUUUCUCCUCCCGGGCACUGUAGAACAACCGAACCGCUGGAUCCUCAAUGAGCACGACAUCAAGAUUGCAAAAUCUCGCCUGGAACGCGGCGGGCACGUCACCCGCGGCAAGUUUAAGCUCGGACACCUUAAACAGAUCUUCCUCAGCCCGCAGUUCUGGACCGUUGUGCUUGUCGAUGUGCUGUUUUGGAACGCCGGUAUCCAUAAGAGCACGGGCAGCUUCCUGCUUUGGAUCAAGAGCUUGGGCCGCUACAGUCCGGCGCAGGUCAAUGAGAUGGGAACCAUUGCGCCAGCCUUGGGGAUCCUAUACAACAUCGUGGCGUGCUUCCUGUCUGACUUGGUACUUGGACCCGCAUGGGCUAUCACCUUUUCCUCGUUAUGGAAUGUCACGGGCUUGAUCAUGCUUGUCGUCUGGGACGUGCCCGAGGGUGCCAAGUGGUUCGCCUUCUCGACGAUGUACUGGUCCAACGCACUGUCCAGUGUCCUGCACGGCUGGGUCAACACCAUCCUCAGAGACUCUCCGGAACAGCGGUCAUUCACCCUUGUCAUGAUUACCAUCAUUGCCCAGUCGUCGACAGCCUGGACACCGUUGCUCACAUUCCCGACUGUUGAGUCUCCAAGCUAUCCCAAGGGAUUCUCUUUCUGUCUGGGGUGUGCUGUUGCGCUCAUUGUUGCGACGCACGUUCUCGAUGUUUAUAUCAAACGCAAAGAAAAAGCGAAGCAUGCGCAGCUUGAAAGCGGCAGCAGCCACGAUGGUAGCUACGUUGAUGCCCCUACUGACGCUACCGGGAAGACUACGACAGCCGAAGUGACGGCAGUAGUCAAUACUUCGGAAGAGUCCAUAGCAAGACACUGA